GUUUCUUUCGUAGCAGACGCUUGAUAUAAGCUGUCGAAGAGGCUGUUUUUCUCUUCCAAGAACUGUUUUAGACGACAUAGUAAAACUGGACUAAGUUUUUAAAGAUUUAAAGGUUGAAAUCCUUUGGAGAUAAAGCCAAAAUGACGAUUAAUUUGGGCAUAAAGGCUCUUCUCGGUUGGGUUAACAACAUAAAACUGUCAGAUCGAGAGUUAACCAUUGACGACUUACAAGAUGGGACUAUCUUAUUGAAAAUCAUCUUUAUGCUGAAAAAGGAAUCUGGCACCAGUUUCAGCAGUUGUAUCGAUGAUAACUUCCGACUCAUUGCAGACUUUAUUGAAAGGGAUUGCAGAUUUAGUGGAACCAAAGGCACUUCAUUGUCUUGGGACAGCAUAAGAGAUGGAGUCAACCUUACAAUUGAAAUUGCAAAGGUGCUUUUGUUGCUGGUGUACCAUGACAUCAUGAAUGACCGCUGUACUGUGAACAUGCUUGACUGUGAUGUGGAGCGAGAGAUAGCAAACCUAACUACUUCCUUUGUGAUGGAGAGCGACGGCUGUGUUAAUCUGAGCAAUGGACUUGAUGCCUAUUUAGCAAGGAGAUAUUUACCCGUGUCCCGUGAAGUAUUUGAGCAGUCGGCAACCACCUCCAGCGUGUCUACCUGUACCUCCAGUGUGUCAUCUCUGUCAGAUGACGAGUCCCCCAUGUUCUUCCGCAAACAGAAAAUCACAUUUGUGGACAUGCAAACUGUGGCUUCUUCUUCAGUCAGCAAGUCUCCUCUGCAGGAUAUCAUGAACACACCUAAGUUUCAGUUGAGGAAGGUGCAAAGACAGAUGAUCAAAGAGAGAGACUACAGGGAUGGCUUGGAGAGGGAGCUGGCCAGCAAGCUUGCACUCAUCUCACAGAGAGAGUCACAGAUUAACCAGCUGCAGUACCGCCUGGAUAAGCUCAAAGGAGAGCAAGGUGACCAGGAGCAAGCUAUCAGGGAUAAAAUCAAUGAGUUUGAGGACAGGAACAACACGUUACAGAUGCGUCUUAAUGAGAUGAUGAAGCAAAACAAAGACUUCAAGAGUACCUCCUCUCUUAUGGAGCGGAAAGUGGAUGAGCUGACAGAGGAAAAUGGUGUGCUCUCUUCCCAGAUGAGAGCAGUGUGUUCACAGUUGGCUGUCUAUGAGGCAGAAGUUGGCAGGCUGUCAGAAUCCCAAGCGUCUACUCAGGAGGAAUGGCGAAGCAAAGAAAUCCACCUUGAGUCUGAACUCAACGAAGUUACGGCUCAAAAGGAGCUUCUGACAGAACAGAUCCAGAUCCUCCAUGGAAAGAUUUCCUGUUUGGAGGAUGAAAUAAGCAGGGCCACCCAGGAAGAAGUAGGAGAGAACAUGGGACCAGUGAUCGAGAGAGAAAAGUUUGAGACUGAAAUAAACAGUUUGAGGAGUGAGUUGGAGAGCACAGUUGACUCCCUGAAAAAGGCUGAGGAGGACGUUCAUGCCAAAGCACAACAGCUUUCAGAGUAUCAGCAAGAAAUUUCUCAACAGAAGGAUCUCCUUAAGCAGCAGAAGGCCAAAACAGAAGAAAUGCUUGAAGCAAAAGAUGAAAUUCUUGAUCGUUUGCAAAAGCAGAUCACAGAGCAGAGAGCCGUCCUCCAGGAAGAGAUCCAGGAUCUCAAGCUUCAGCUGCAGCAAGCUGAGCAGCAGAACAUUGAACAGAUUUCAAGACUGCAGACGCAAAUAACUGCUUGUGAACAAGAUGUUGAAAAACUAAAGGAAAUUAAGAAAGAGAAGGAAGACCUUCUCCAACAGACUGAAGAACGAGUUAAAGAUCUUGAGACAAAGUUAUCUGCUGCAAGUUCUCUCCUGGCUGAUAAAGAGCAACAUAUUACUGGUCUUAGGGAAGAAAUUGACAUUCUUACAGAUGAAACCAAAACAUCUAAAAAUGAAAUUCAAGCCAAAGAGGAAAAGCUUGCUGAAUUACUUUUGGAAAAGUCUUCUGAGCAAGAAAUCCUUAAUAAUAAGAUACAGACUUUGACAGCCAAAAUGGAAGAACUCAGCUCAACUCUCAAACUGGCUGAGCAGGAAAUCCAACUAAAGCAAAACCUCCUGACUAAAACCCAAGAAGAAAAUAUCCAACAAAGAGAGGGACUCCAAAAACAGAUCAUCACCUGUGAAGAGGAGGUUCAGAGGUUAACCCAAGAGAUUCAGGUAAAGAAUGAUCAGCUUGUUGUUCUGAGGAAUGACAGCUCUCGGCAGUCUGAAUUGCUGGAGCAAGAGAUAAUAGGUCUAAAAGGCCAGCUAGAAAGUCUGAAUGAGUCUUUCAGAAAGGCUGAGGGACAAGUUCAGGCUCAGGAGGUUUUGCUAAAUAAGCAGGAGGAGGAAAGUGCACAUCAGGCAGAGCUCCUGAAGCAACAAUUGUCUGCUUCAGAAGAGAGGAUAGAGAACAUGAAGGAGGAGAUCAGGACUAAAGAGGAACAGAUGAACACGUUGAAAAAACAAAGUUCCGAACAGUCAGAAGAACUACAUCAAGAGAUCCAAGAUUUGAAAAAAGAAUUCGAGACUCUUAGUUCAUCGCUAGCAAAAGCCGAGGAGAAUUUGCAAUCAAAGGAAAAUCUGUUUGCUGAACAGCAACUGCAGCGCACCCAGGAUAUUGAGACACUCCAGAUGCAGAUGAAAGCAUCUCAAGAUGAGGUGAAGAGGCUAACGGCAGACAUUCAUGUGAAGGAGAAGAAGUUAAUUCUGCAACAGACAGAGUCCUCGUCACACUCAGAAGGGCUACAGGAUGUAAUACAAACUCUCAGGGACCAAGUUCAAAGUUUGAAUGAAUCUCAGAAAACUACAAUGGAGCACUUACAGGCUAAAGGAGACCUGUUGUCUCAGAAAGAGACAGAGAUUUCUCAGGAAAAGGAUACAUUUCAGAACAUGAUGAAAACCUGUGAAGAGGACAUAAGAGGGCUUAGGGAGCAGAUCCAGACUAAAGAUGACCAGCUGGCCACCUUAAAACAAGAGGGCUCCAAACAAUCUGACAAGCUACAAGAAGAGAUCAAAUGUCUCUCAAAACAACUUGCCGAUAUGGGCGAGUCUCUCACAAAGGCCGAGGAGCAGGUUCACACCCAGGUAGCUGUGCUUUCCAAACAGGAAGAAGAGAAUGCUCAUCAGAUGCAGCAUCUGUCAGCUUCUGAAGAAGAGGUGAGGAAAAUGAAACUGGAGAUCCAAGCGAAAGAGGAACAGAUGACACUGCUGGAGACUGAGAGCUCAGAGCAGAAGGAGCAACUAAAUCAAGGGAUGCAAGAUUUAAAGAAACAGGUUGAAAAUCUUUGUUCCACUCUAGGGGAAGCUGAGGGAAACUUGCAAUCCAAGGAAAAUCUGUUUGCCGAACAACAACUACAGAGCACCCAAGCAAUGGAGGCGCUUCAGACGCAGAUGGUGGCAUCUCAAGAUGAGGUGAAGAGGCUAAAUUUGGAGAUUCUUGCUAAGGAGGAACAGCGAAUUCUGCUGAAAACUGAGUCCUCGUCACACUCAGAAGGGCUACAGAAUGUAAUACAAACUCUCAGGGACCAAGUUCAAAGUUUGAAUGAAUCUCAGAAAACUACAAUGGAGCAGUUACAGGCUAAAGGAGACCUGUUGUCUCAGAAAGAGACAGAGAUUUCUCAGGAAAAGGAUACAUUUCAGAACAUGAUGAAAACAUGUGAAGAGGACAUAAGAGGGCUUAGGGAGCAGAUCCAGACUAAAGAUGACCAGCUGACCACCUUAAAACAAGAGGGCGCCAAACAAUCUGACAAGCUACAAGAAGAGAUCAAAUGUCUCUCAAAACAACUUGCCGAUAUGGGCGAGUCUUUCACAAAGGCAGAGGAGCAGGUUCACACCCAGGUAGCUGUGCUUUCCAAACAGGAAGAAGAGAAUGCUCAUCAGAUGCAGCGUCUGUCAGCUUCUGAAGAAGAGGUGAGGAAAAUGAAACUGGAGAUCCAAGCGAAAGAGGAACAGAUGACACUGCUGGAGACUGAGAGCUCAGAGCAGAAUGAGAUACUAAAUCAAGGGAUCCAAGAUUUAAAGAAACAGGUUGAAAAUCUUUGUUCCACUCUAGGGGAAGCUGAGGGAAACUUGCAAUCCAAGGAAAAUCUGUUUGCUGAACAACAACUACGGAGCACCCAAGCAAUGGAGGCGCUUCAGACGCAGAUGGUGGCAUCUCAAGAUGAGGUGAAGAGGCUAAAUGCGGAGAUUCUUGCUAAGGAGGAACAGCGAAUUCUGCUGAAGACUGAGUCCUCGUCACACUCUGAAGGGCUACAGCAGGAGAUUGAAAAUCUGAGUCAACAAAUAAAAACUGUGACCACUACUCUUGAGCUAGCCAAGGACCAGGUUCAAGCCAAAGAAGACAUGAUGGCCAAGCAGGAACAGGAGAGCACUUUGCAGAUUGAAGCACUCAGAAAGCACAUUUCCCUCCUUGAGGGGGAGGUUAAUCAGCUAAGGGAGGAAAUGCAAACUAAAAAGGCUGAGGUAGAGAUCCUAAAGACACAAAGUUGCAAGGAGUCUCAGGAACUACAGGAUGAAAUACAAACUCUCCAGGUCCAAGUUCAAAGUUUGACUGAAUCUCUGAAAACUUCAAUGGAGCAGCUGCAUGCCAAAGAACACCUGCUGACUCAGAAAGAAAUGGAGAUUUCAGAUGCAAGUUGUAAAUUUCAAAACAUGGUGAAAACCUGUGAAGAGGAGAUACGAGGACUGAGUGAGCAGAUCCGGACUAAAGAUGAACAACUGACUACAGUAAAACAAGAGGGCUCUAAACAUUCAGACAUGCUAAAGCAAGAGAUGGAAUGUCUUAAAAACCAACUAGCUGAUAUGGGUGAGUCUCUCUCAAAGGCUGAGGAGCAGGUGGAGACUCAGCUAACUGUGCUUUCCAAAAAGGAAGAAGAGAUUGCUCGUCACAAGGAACUUCUCUUGGCUUCUGAAGAAAAGGCUAGGAAGAUAAAAGAGGAGGUACAAUCUAAGGAGCAACAGAUGAUGCAGCUGAAGACUGAGAGUUCAGAACAGUCAGAUUUGUCACACCAAGAGAUCUUAACUUUAAAGACGCAGCUGGAGACUCUUGGCUCCUCAUUGACGAAGACCAACGAGGAUAUACGAUCCAAGGAAGAUCGGUUGGCUCGACAACAACUUGAAAAUACUCAACAGAAGGAGGCCCUCCAAGGUCUGCAGGAGAAAGUCAAACAAGUGGAGAUUCUGCAGGAACAGAUGAAUUCACGUGAAGAAGAGAUUCACAAACUAAGAGAAUCACAGAGUGAGAAAGAGAGCCUUCUUCUCAGGGCUGAGGAGAAGCUUCAGAUCCUCGAGACAGAGCUGUCUGCUGCCAACACGCUUCUAUCGGAUAAAGACCAAAAUCUGGUCACUCUCAGGGAAGAGGUUGCUGCCCAAGCUAACUUGGUUCAAAAAACAAAAGAGGAAUCUGAAGCCAAUGACAAACGGAUGGCUGAGAUUAAAGGGGAGAGCUCCAGACAGACAGAUUUUCUGCAACACGAGAUCCAGGAUCUAAAAGGGGACUUGGAAACGAUUACUCAAAAACUUCUGGCCAAAGAACAGAUGUUACACGAAACUCAACAGGAAGCUUCUCGGCAAAUAGAAGUCCUCCAGAAACAGCUUGUCUCAGUAAAAACAGAGACCAACGCUGCACAGGAGCUACAGGUUGAAACUGUAAAGGAAAAAGAGGCUCUUGUUCAGGAAAAAGAAGCACUCAUGUCCCGGAUACUCCAGGCUGAAAUGGGCCGGAAAGUUCUUGAGACACAACUUGAAGCCACGGAGAGGGAGAACCUAGCUUCUCGUAAACUGGAAUCUGCACUACAGAAGGAGCUGGAAUUAUUGAAAUUGGAAAAAGACAAAUUAUUGAAAGAGAGAGAAAAAGCUGAUGAAGCUGAGAUGCUAAGGCGUGACCUGCAGGAACAGCUCUCGGCUAAAACAGAGGCUGUCGAACACUACAAAGCACAGAUGGAGAAGGCAGUGAGUUUCUACAAUGGCAAGAAGCAGCUUCUGCAGGAAAGCCAAGAUCAGGUGGCCGAACUCAAGAACUCCUUGGAGGGUAAAGAGCGGGAAGUCAAAGCCGUUACCGUGGAGAACAAGAUACUUCAACUGGAUCUGGAGAAGGUCCAAAACAAUGAGAAGAAAAUGAGUAGCAAAGUGGCCAGUUUGGAGGCACAGCUGGCCUUUGCUGACCGUAACCUGCGAGCACAAAAUAAGAUUCAUGGAACUGAAAGAAGUGCAACAGAGCCCUGUUACUUGGAGAUUCCCAGUGGACACUCAAGUGUUCAUACUAGAGCAGAAGUGAGGAGGGUCAUGAGCUCUGACAGCCUGGACCAGAGCUCUCUGGAGGACUCCCUGAACACCACAAGGAAACUGUCUGCACCUGGUGAAUCAAGCACACCGCUUGUUCGCAGUUCGGAGCGCUUGGCAUCCAAACGUCAAGGCCUGCAGGCUGAGUCACUAGAAACCCUGUACUUCACACCAAUAAACAACAAGCAGAUCAACAGGACUGGUACAGAACACAGAAUGGAAUUUGAUUCGUCCUGUAAAAACCCAACUUCAUCGGUCAAACGACGCAGGACCACACAGGUUAUUAACAUCACCCUGACAAAGAAAACUCCGGGCGGCAGUGGUGACGGUGAUGAGACUUUCUACAGUCUGGCUUCAGCACGCUCCCAGCCAAACCUCUCCGGUGCCCACUCUGCCCGACCUGUGUCUACAGAGCUGUUUGAAACUCCUGCCAAAAUGACCGGCGCAGCUAGCGACCAGCUCAUUGGUCUUCCAGGGUACAGAAGGAGCACAAUUCACUCACAGCCAACAGGCACAUUCUGUGUGGGGGCAGAGAACGAACCAGAUGGUGGACCUGAUGAUUGGAUGAGGCUCGCUGAGCUUCAGGCAAGGAACAAAGCCUGCCUCCCUCAUCUAAAGAGCAGCUACCCUCUGGAGUUUGAUGCGGGCAAUGUCGGUCCUUACCGCUUCACAGACGAAGAACUCCGUAUGGGCGACCCGUCUGACACAAUCCGUCGGGCGUCCAUGAUGCCUGGCCAGCUGCAAGACUCUCUCACCUCCCAUCGACACUCGAUCAUGUUGGGACACUCGGCAGCAGCAGCCAAUACUCGCUCACACCGUCUGUCUCUGAUGCCAGGACAGCUGCCAUCUAGAACUGUCAGCUCCUCUCAGCUGAGAAGCCCGAAUGGCUCGAAGCGGUCUGCAUCUACUCUGUCUGUUCAUCAGAUGUCACCAGAGAAAAAGGUGAAGGCCAGCUGCUUCCCUCGUCCUCUAACUCCCAAAAACAAGAACGUGAUCAAUGGGUCGUCCAGCUCUCAGCUUCGCCCUGCUCUAAGUCCCGCUGACCGGAGAGAGUCUAUGAUGUUCUCUAUCGAAAACACCCCUAAAAACAGCAGCUACCUGAAGAAAGGGCUGAACAAACUGCGUGGCUCCACUCGAAAAUCUCCAGGCAAAAGUUCUAAAAAGUCUCCUGCUCAAACAUCCUCUCGUAAGGGCCAGGAGAACAAACCAUCAGGAAAUCCUCGCGCUAGGGUCGGAGGGGCCGGCAGACUAGGCAGCUUCAAGUCACCCCAGGUGGCAACCAAAGGACAGAGAAAGUCUCCACGAGCAACCAGCUCCACUGCAAAGUCCCCUGGGCUGACUUCAAGUGCUCGCAAGAUGAUGAGCAGGAUGAAGGUGUGAGGACUGGUUUCUAAACUGGAGUGGUGAUCUUUUAAGGUUCUACGUUGUAUCAAUUUUUAACAAUCACAAUCACUUUUUUCAUUUUAUUGUAUAUCUGGAGUUUUUAAAUCUUGUCUUAAUCUGUUUUUUUUUCUUCUCUGUAUUAUAUUUACAUGUUUGUCAAUAAAAAGAUUGAAAUGACACAUUGUGGUAAGAUUGUGCCUUUGAACUGAACAUACCCCCACGGAUAAUUCCACAAUUAGCUCUAUAAAUCAAAUGUUCAUGGUACUCAUGGUUAUAGUUGGGAGCCAGGUAAAAGCAGAGUCUCCUCUUUAGUGGGUUGUUCAGAGCAAAUCUACUGAACGCAUUUAAGUAGAGACGAUCUUACAAAAAUUGUUUUCAAAUUGAGCAAGCUCAUUCUCCUUAAACGAACAAAUACAAAAAUUGCCACGUGUGAUAUUUAAAUAAACAAAACAUGAUUCAUUUA